AUGGAUUUUCUUACCCUGACCGGAGGCCCCGCCUUCACCCCUUCCCAGGCAGACGAGCUCAAGCUCCGCAUCAACAAGCAUGAGGAGCCCAUCUCGCCCGUCUCGCCCGUCACUACAGUCGCCGGAACGUGGGUCUACCACGUCCAUCUGAAGGGGAAGGACAGGCCUCUCGUCAUAGAGAAGCUGUCCAAGUGGCUUGAACUGCCGGAGCAGGCUUCUGUUCAGUUUCCUUCCAACUCGGCCUCCGUUAAGACAUAUUACGUGACCCCGCGGAAUAUCUCCCCAUGGAGCUCCAAGGGCACGAGCAUCGUUCAUGUGUGCGGUCUGAAGGAACAGGUCGAGCGGAUUGAAAGGGGCAGGGCCGUCACCUUGACGUUUGAAAAGGAUGUCGAGGGUGACGAAAUCCCCUUCAAAGAUGUCCUGUAUGAUCGCAUGACCGAGACCAUGAGCCUGGAUCUUCCCGAUCUGGCUACCAUGUUCGUCGAGGGUCAGAGAUAUCCCCUUCAGGUUGUGGAUAUCUUCGCUCCUGGCUCCACCCCUAUCGACAGCCUGAAGGCCUACAAUAAGGAGUUUGGCCUAGCUCUUGACGACUCAGAGAUGGACUAUCUCGUCGAGGUGUUCACGCAGCAGGGUCGCCCGCCCCACGACAUUGAGCUGUUCAUGUUCGCCCAGGUCAACUCGGAACACUGCCGUCACAAGCAAUUCAACGCCAGCUGGACCAUUGACGACGAGCCCAUGGCCGAGAGUCUUUUCGGAAUGAUCAAGAAUACACACAAGACGACCCCCGACUUCACCGUCUCUGCCUACAGCGACAACGCCGCCGUGAUCCAGGGCGAGACCGCCAGCUUCUGGGCCCCCGACUACUCCACCGGUAGCUGGAAGCUCACAAAGGAAGUUGUCCACGUCCUCGUCAAAGUUGAGACGCACAACCAUCCCACCGCCAUCUCCCCCUUCCCCGGUGCCGCCACGGGUUCCGGAGGUGAAAUCCGCGACGAGGGCGCCGUCGGUCGUGGUUCCAAGCCCAAGGCCGGACUGUGCGGCUUCUGGGUAUCUGACCUGCUUCUCCCGGACGAGAAAGCACCUUGGGAGGUCGAUAUCGGCAAGCCGGCCCACUUCGCCAGCAGCCUGGACAUCAUGCUGGAGGCCCCCAUCGGAAGCGCUCGGUUCAACAACGAGUUCGGCCGACCCUGCCUCCUGGGAUGUUUCCGCACCCUCCUGACCAACGUCGGCAAAGACGACUCGCCCGAAUGGCGCGGUUACCACAAACCCAUCAUGAUCGCCGGCGGCGUUGGCACAGUCCGGCCCCAGCAUGCUCUCAAGCACCCCGAGGACGUCCUCGACGGCGCUCAUGCCAUCGUGCUAGGAGGCCCCGGCAUGCUGAUCGGUCUUGGUGGAGGAGCCGCUUCGAGUACCACCUCGACGGAGGAAACCGCCGAGCUGGACUUCGCCAGCGUACAGCGCGGCAACCCGGAGAUGGAGAGACGCGCUCAGAUGGUCAUCGACGCGUGCGUCUCCCUCGGCAACGAGAACCCUAUUGCCAUGAUUCACGAUGUUGGCGCCGGCGGAUUGUCGAAUGCGCUCCCUGAGCUGGUCAAGGACGCCGGGUUUGGUGGCAAGUUCGAGCUUCGCCAGGUCCACACUGCCGAUGGCAGCAUGAGCCCGCUUCAAAUCUGGUCCAACGAGUCCCAGGAACGUUACGUCGUCCUCGUAAAUAAGGACAGCUUGAACCGUUUUGUGAGCAUUUGCCGUCGCGAAAGGUGCCCCUUCUCCGAUGUUGGCACAGUUGUUGCCAAGGACGCAAAUGGCAAAGCGAAGCUUGUCGUCACCGACAGGGACUCGUCCGACCAUCCCAUUCCCAUCGAUCUUCCGAUGUCAGCCCUGUUUCCCCCCGGUCGCCGCCUCGAAAGAGUGGUUGAAUCUCGCCAGCUCGACCUACCCGCAUUCAAUGCCGUCUCCUCUCUCAAGUCCGUCCUGGGGAACGACGCUUCCGAUGCUGCAUUGAUUGCUGCCGCCACGGAGAGAGCCUUCCGCACUCCGGUCGUCGGCUCCAAGUCCUUCCUCAUCACCAUUGGCGACAGGACUGUUGGCGGUCUUUCCGUCCGAGACCAGAUGGUUGGUCCCUGGCAGACCCCCGUGGCUGACUGCGCUGUGACGGCGACCUCGUUCGGCCUCGGACCCCGGCCCAGGACUGGAGAGGCCAUGGCCAUGGGCGAACGUCCACAACUCGCGCUCAUCUCCGCGGCUGCCUCCGCAAGGAUGGCCGUGGCCGAGAGUCUGCUCAACCUCGGCGCCGCCGACAUCAUCGGAGAUCUUAACCGAGUCAAGCUCUCCGCCAACUGGAUGGCGGCCGUCAACCACCCAGGAGAAGGAGCGCGCCUGUACGAAGCUGUUAAGGCGCUCGGCAAGGAACUGUGCCCCCAGCUCAAGAUCUCCAUCCCUGUCGGCAAAGAUUCGACGUCUAUGAAGGCAGCGUGGAAAGAUCGGCAGACUGGUGAGACCAAGAGUGUGACGGCUCCCAUGUCGGUCAUCAUCACGGCCGUUUCUGUCGUCGAGGACGUCAGGAGGACCUGGACGCCUCAGCUCCGCCGCAUCGAAGACGUUGGCGGGUCCGUCCUCAUGUUCGUGGAUCUGGCCGGCGCGAAGCAGGCCAUGGGUGGCUCUGCUCUCGGGCAAUCUCUGGGCGAGCUGGGCAACGAAUCCCCCGACGUCCGGGACGUCGAGCUUAUCGCCGACUACUUCGAUGCCCUCAAGCAGCUACACGAGAGUGGCGUCGUCCUCGCCUACCACGACCGGUCCGACGGCGGCCUGAUGGCGACCAUUGCCGAGAUGAUGUUCGCCGGCCGUUGCGGUGUCGACCUUCUCCUCGACGGCGUCGCCAAGUCCGGGUCCGCCACCGACAUCCUCGAUGCCCUCUUCAACGAAGAACUGGGUGCCGUGUUCCAGGUCCGCAAGGGCGACGAGAUCAACUUCAAGCGGUGCUUCGCCACCUGCGGGCCGCCGCCAGGCCUCAUCCACAAGAUCGGCGUCGUCAAGGUCACGUCGAAGCAGACGCUGACGAUUCGGUACGGCGGCACGGCGCCGAUCGUCAGCCUCGACCGGGCUGAGAUGCAGAAGUGGUGGUCGAGGACGUCCUACGCAAUGCAGAGGGAGCGAGACAACCCGGCAUGCGCGGACGCCGAGUUCGCGACCAUCGCGGACGAGAGCGAUCCUGGCAUCUCGUACAACCUCCGGUACCAGCCCAAGGAGGAUAUCAUGCCCCUGACGGCCACGGUGGGCAGCUUCUUCAAGCAGGCGCCCAAGGUGGCGAUCCUGCGCGAGGUCGGGGUCAACAGCCACGCCGAGAUGGCCUUCGCCUUCAAAGCUGCCGGGUUCGACCCCGUCGACGUGCACAUGAGCGACAUCCUAGCCGGGCGGUCGCUGGCCGAUUUCGCCGGGCUGGCCGCCGGCGGAGGCUUCUCCUACGGCGACGUCUUCGGCGCCGGCGUGGGCUGGGCGCAGUCCAUCCUCGAGCACAAGCACGCGCGGGCCGAGUUCGCGGCCUUCUUCGCGCGGCCGGACACCUUCACGCUGGGGGUCUGCAACGGCUGCCAGAUGGUGACGCGGCUGCGCGAGCUCAUCCCCGGCGCGGACCACUGGCCGACGUUCGUCGAGAACGCGAGCCGGCAGUUCGAGGCGCGCUUCAGCAUGGUGGCCAUCGUCGACGACAGCCGCGCCGCCGCCCCGUCCGUCUUCCUCCACGGCAUGAGCGGGUCGUCGCUCCCGAUCGCGGUGUCGCACGGGGAGGGGAGGGCGUCCUUCUCGUCCCCCGGCGAGCUCGAGUCGCUCGAGGCCGAGGGCCUGGUGGCGCUGCGGUACGUGGACAACCGGCUGCGCGUGGCGGGCCCCGACGCUUACCCUGCGAACCCCAACGGCAGCGCGGGGGGUGUGGCGGGUGUCCGGAGCAAGGACGGCCGGGUGUUCGCGUUGAUGCCGCACCCGGAACGUACCAUCAUGGCCGACGUCGCCAGUUACACGGACCCCAAGCAGAUUGAAGAAUGGGGCGAAUUUGGGCCGUGGGUCAGGAUGUUCAGGAGCGCUAGGCGCUGGGUGGGCUAA